AUGAGCGAGAGCAACCCCAUCCCUGACUUUGACGCCGAGGUACAGAAACCACGCUUGCAUGCAAAUGGCUGCUGCCUCGCGGCCAGCCCUCAAGAGCCUGGCCGUGCUCGCUGUCGUCGCCUCACGCUGCUGGUACGCCUCCUCUUCAUCCGAUGCACUUGCAGCUCGCAGGCCUCACAGCCGCCAUCGCUUCGCUUUUGCCAGUACUACAAGCAUGUGGUCUAUGCUGUUGAGCGAUUUAUUGCCAAGAAUAAAGAAAAGGACCCCUUUGUCGAGCGAUUUGCCAAAAAUAUCCAAGUUACCAUAGAUCACCUAGCGCGUGCCAGUGCCAAAGAUCGCAAAGCUGCCGCGCACGUUGUUGGUCUCUGGCGCAAGAAGGAAUUUUUUGGCGAAACGAUCUGCGAUGCCAUGCUGGCCAAACUGGAGACCGGUGUUGACGAGUCAGCAGGCAAUUCGCCUGCCUCCACUCCUGCGAAUGACCCUCGCGCCGGCGCUGAUCCGCGCCUGGCUGCUGCCAAUGGCACCGAUCCGCGCCGAGUUGCUCAAGACCCGCGCACCUCAACAACUACCCCUGCCGACCCGCGCGCAGCCAAGACGGAUGAUCUGUUGUAUGAGAUGCCGAACACAGCUGGAGCGUCAUCAAACUCUUCUGCAGCCACAGGCCCGGGCGCAUCUACAAGCUCCGCUGGCACGACCGACUCGGCAAGCGACUUGCUGAAUAAUCUCUCUGCCGAUACCAAUGUUCUCGCUGCCCUCUCAAGCCUGCUGGCUCAGGUGCAGCAAACCAAGGAGCAGCCAGCUAGCGCUGAUGUCACCAUGGACUCCACAUCAGCCACGGCGCUACCGCAGGCCCCACCAGCUGCAGCCCACGAACUACGUUAUGGUGCUCCUCCCGAGCAUACCUACCCGCCUGCUCAAGCUCCUCGCGGUCAGGGCAUGGGUGAGAGUGCCUUGCCACAGCACGGAAACUUUUUGCCACCCGGUGGUCAGUUUGCACCACCACUUGAUGGUCCCCCACAACAGAUGCAGUCUUCCUACCCGCAGCAGGGGCAACAGUUCUUGCCUCAGAACCAGGCCCAGUCGCAGCCACCGCGAUCUCCGACUCAAGCCCAUUCGCAACAGCAACAGCAACAGCAACAACAACAACAGCAGCAGCAUUCGUUUUUACCGCCAGCCAUGGGAUCGCAUGGCCCAAACCCAUCAUUUCAGCCGCCGGGCCCAGGCGCACCCGACCACGAUCCCAACCCAGGCCACCCCGGGCAGGGAUUUCCUGACGCAAAACCAUCGGCACCGCAUGGCUCAGACAAUCGGCACCCCGGUGAAGCCCCUCCGAAUGGUGCUGGCUGGAACGAGGGCCACCACCUCCCAGCUCACCAGAAUUUCGGAGCACCAGGGCAGCAGCCACAUCAGCCACCGCACAAUUUUGGACCGCCCAUGGGCCAGAUGGGCAUGCCUCACAUGGGCUUUGCCCCGCCAGGCGGACCCGUGCCUGGUAUGAACAUGAUGGGUCCGGGUUUCAAUUCGACCAGCAUGGGCAUGAUGCCUGGUCCAGGUGCUAUGAUGGCUCAACCAGGCAUGCACUCCAUGGGGGGCCUGCCGCCUUUCAAAGAAGGAGACCCCUUUGAUGAUUGUCCAAAGAAUACUGUGCGCUUGGUGAGUAGCACGCUGUGGAUUGGCUCACUUCCACCAGAUGCCACUGAGCAUGAAGUUGAACGCCUCUGCGAACCGUAUGGCUGCCUCGAUUCGAAGUUUAUGGGGAGCAAGCAGCAAGCGUUUGUAAUUCUCGAGUCACGCCAGGCGGCUGAAGCAGCAGUCAAGGUGCUGGAUGGGGCACGUUUUCGACAGGCGCGUCUCAAGGUCAACUUUGCCAAAGGCUUCAUUCAAAAAAACUCGCAGGAUUGGAACCAGCACAACGGCGUCUCCUACCUCGAGCUGUCGCGUAUCAGUCCCAAGAACCUGAAACAGUUGGUCGACGGCUGUGUAGUGGACCGGUGUACUGCACCGCCAGCGUUGCUCAACGAUCUAGCUGCCUUCCCACAUAAAUUUUAUUCUAGCGAAAACAUUGGUGGCGUGAAAGGUAUCACCGAUCGUCGGGAGGGCAAGAUUCCACUGGAACAGGAAUACCCUGUGCCAGACUUGAUUGCUUUGGCACCAGACGACCCACCCGCACGAUCACGAUCGCGAGACCGCCACGAUACCCGCCGUGAUGAACGUUGGGAAAGGGGCGGUGGGCACCGUGAUGGGCGCGACUAUCGCCGUGAUUACCCACGUCGCGAAGAUCGUUACCCAGACCGCCGGGAGCGCGACUUUGAUCGCGAUGGCGACCGCCAUAGCCAUCACUCGGACCGCGACAGUCGGAGCCGCGACCGGGGUUACGGCCAUCCUGACCGGUAUGCCGAUGACGGUCGGCGGAGUCGUGACAGAGAGCCUCACGGCCGGGAGCAUCGUUCCUCGAGCCGGGAUCGUGGUCAUGGCCGUAGCUACGGCCAGGAUCACGAGAGUAGCUAUCGUGACCAGACACGCGAAGAUAAUUACAGCGCGAAUGCGGGAGACCAAACCAUGUCGACGUUUGCUCCACCAGAGCCUCGAAACACGCGAUGGCAAUAA